AUGUGUUUGUUUGAUUUUAGGCAGCUUCAGAAACCCUCUAACAUCCUCCUCCUCUCUCUGGCUGUUUCCGACAUUCUUGUUGGAUUCCUUUUGAUGCCAAUUGAAACAUUUAGAACCACGGAAUGCUGGUCGUUUGGAGAUAGUAUAUGCACUGCUUAUUCUUAUGUUACCUGUGUUGUUCUCAGUGCUUCACUUGGAAACAUUGUUCUGAUAUCAAUUGACAGGUAUAUGGCUAUUUGUGACCCUCUGCAUUAUUCCACCAGGAUCACUGUGGCAAGAGUAAAAUUAUGUGUUUGUCUGUGUUGGCUAUUAUCUGUCAUCUACAAUAUUUUAUUUUUGAGUGAUGAGUUGAUUCAGUCAGGCAGAAGUAAUUCUUGCAUUGGAGAAUGUAAACUUUCCAUUAACAACACUGCAGGAACUGUUGAUCUGUUCAUAAGUUUCUUAUUUCCAGUUACAGUAAUCAUUGUUCUGAGUAUGAGAGUAUUUGUGGUGGCUGUGUCUCAGGCUCGYGCCAUGCGCUCUCAUAUGACAGCUGUCACACUUCAGCAUUCAGUAAAUCUUAAAAGUAAGAAAUCUGAGUUGAAAGCUGCCAGAACUCUUGGUGUUCUUGUGAUUGUAUAUCUAAUAUGUUGGUGUCCGUAUUUUUCUUAUUCUGUUGUUGAAGUUGACUUAAAAAGUACACCAUAUGCAUAUUUUGUAUUCUUUCUAUUUUUAUUCAACUCCUGUCUAAACCCUGUGAUCUACACCCUGUUUUACCCCUGGUUCAGAAAAGCUGUUAAACUUAUUGCCACCUUUCAGAUACUGCAACCUGGCUCGUGUGAGGCAAACAUACUAUAA